UCUGCGCGUCAACCGGAGCGCGCACACACACACACAAACACACAAACACACACACACACACACACACACACACACACACACACACACUUUCUCUAACAAACUCUCACGCGGCGGCUUUGUUGAGCUGUGGACCGGGCCGGGCUGUGUGGAGGAGAGGUUUAGCCCGGUUCUGGGUGGUUCUGGGGAGGUUUAGCCCGGUUCUGGUUGGUUCUGGGGAGGUUUAGCCCGGUUCUGGGUGGUUCUGGAGGGGGAGAUGAGCUCCGGCUGCGCGGCGGAUGUGCUGCUGCUGCUCCCCGGGGCGGUGCUGCUGCACUCCGGGCUGCUGACCGCGGCGCUGCUGCUGGGCUCCUGCUUCGGGCUCGUGGCGGCGGCGCUGAUCCACACUUUCCUCCUGAAACCGCGACUCUUCGGCCGGCAGUUUAAAGGUCAUGACCCCUGGAGUCUGCUGGAGGUGGAGGAUGAAGAGAGCAGUGAGGGAAGAAGGACGGUACCGUCAGAACACGCGAAGAAGGCGGAGCCUGUGAGCGGUGAUGUCGCUGCGUUUGCGCUGAAAGCAAAGGUGGUUUAUCCAAUCAACCAGAGAUUCCGACCUUUAGCAGAUGGAGCGUCCAAUCCAUCCCUGCAUGAGGAUCCCAAAUCAGCCCCGCCUCCUUACCAGGACUCCGCCUCCUCAUCGGCUGAUUAUUGGCCAAGUGAAGACAGAGAAGAUGAGAGCGGUCAGGAAAUCUGCUUUGACCCUGCCCCCAAAUCACCACAGAGCCUUAACUUCAGGAGAGCACAGCACCCCCCACACACACUCUGCUUCCCCGGGGAUGAAGGUAGAGUGAGUCUGCUGUGUGUGAUCCUCCAGAACCUUCAUCUGCAUCUCACUGAACUCCAGCAGGAGAAAUGGAGGAUUCUGCUGCAGGUGGGCGGAGCUCUGUUCAGCCGAGAGAGCGCCGCCCUACAGUCCGACUUUCAGCAGCUGCAGCAGAAAACAGAGCAGCUGAAGAAAGGGGCGUGUCCUGACCUGCUGAGCUGGGAGAAAGGGGCGGGGCUAGGCUCAGUAUUCUGCACUAUAGAUGAAGUGGAGAAAGCAGGCAGAGAGAAACUGGACCACACACUACAUACGGCUGUAAGUGUUGCUAGGCAGUUGGAGAAUUUCUUUCAGCGUCUUCAAAGCAGAGUUCCAAAUGACAUCGCAGAAGAAAUGACACGUUCCUUUAUCCACUGCCUCCUAUUGGUGGAGGAGCAGCUUGGGGACAUUCAGACUUCUGUUAUAAAGAUGCUGUGUGAUAGGCUGCAAUGGUGGGAGGAGCUAACUGUUUGGCUAAGAAUCAAAAUGACUCUCCUGAAGCAGAAGGUGGAGCUUAGACUGAGGCUCACUACUCAGUCAUUGGAGGAGCUGACGGCUGACGGACAGCUGGAGUUUGGUCAGAUGGAGAGGCUGAUCUGUGACCUGCAGACAACCGUCAGCAACGAGCUGCAGCGCUGCUCCCACGAAGUCAGGCUGCAGAUGGAGCAGCUGGUCUGUGAGCACUGCAGGAAGCUGGAUGUGAAGAUGAGGAAGAUGAUGAAGGCUCAGGUCAGAGAGUGGAGUUGCACGCUGGAGUCGCAUGAUCAACAGGCAGACCCUCAGCAGCUCACUCAGGUGCUGCAAAAGCUGCAGGUGAAGCAGUGGAAGCAGAGAACAGAUCUCCAACUACAGCAGGACAAAAGAAUAUCUCAGUCUAUGUGUGACCUCUGGAAGAAAUUGUUUGAUGUUUUUUCAGGAAGUGUAGCUGACCUGUGGAGGGAGUGUCUACUGAGCACCCUCACUACAAGCUCCGCCCUCUCAGUGGAUAACUGUAAGAGACUGGUGGACAACACAGAGCUCAAACUGACCAAUCAGAUCCAGCGAGAGAGCCACACCCACCAGCAACUGCACAUACUGAGAGAACAUCUGCAGCAAGACAUACAGGUUUGGGAUGAAGAAGAAGCUCUGGCUAGAUCCUGCCUUAAACAUCUCAUCAACCUGCACAUGAAAGUUACCACAGCAACAGUUUCCAGACAGAGGAAUGUACAGAACAGGAAUCUGCUGCUGGGGAAACAGCGCCUGCUGGUGGCCGAGAUCCACAGGAUAUUAUCAGCUCGUCACGUUUACAUCCGAAUACUGAGAGAGAUGAAACUCACACACCUGAGACUACCGCCGGACACACAGAUUCUUCAGCCGGAGCACCUAUCAGAACUGGAGACUGCCUCUGAGCUCCUGCAGGAACACGCCCAGUUCUUACUCGGUCACGCCCUCAUCCACAGUGCUCGACUGCGAUUGGUGGACUCUGCUUCUGAAAAUGCAGCAGCAGCGUAUGAUGGACAAAAGGAGCAGCUGAAGGCGGCGGUGUGUGAGAGUAUGUGUGUGACGUCGGAUUCCGUCACGGCGUUCAUCAUAAACUACUACUUCCGGAUACGAACCGUCAUCAUGGCAACACAACACAGCUGCCAGCGCCAUCGCACCAGUCUGAGAAAGAGGCGGAGAAGAAGAGUGGAGUGUGUUCGAGCUCUACAGAAAGAACUGAGUAACUGGGCAAGAAAACCCCACUCUACUGAGUUCUACAAAAGAGUGGAGCAGCAGAAGCGGCGCUGUCUGUCUCAGUGUGAGGAGGAGGAGGAGGAGGUGGAAGGUGUGUGUGAGGAUCAGGGAAAUAUGAUGGACCUGCAGCAGCGAAUACACAACAUCACACAGGAGCUCAGAGAGGAAGAGGUCAGUUUCUUGACUCGACUGGCAGCACUGGCAAGAGUUCCACUGACAGACACCCAGACCAACUUACACACAGGGUGAUCAACACAGAAGUGUGUAAAGCUGCUGUGCCCAGGAGGAGAGAGAUGCUGCAUCCUGAUUGUGAGAGUGUGUAAGAGUGUGUGUAAAAGAAGCUGGUUGUUGUUGUUGUUGUUGUUUUUAUUGUUGUUUACGUUACACAGCAGUGAAGUUGUACAGUGGAAUAAAAACAGGUAUAAAAGUUCA